UGUCACUGCCCCGACCUGGAGGCGGCCGGGGCUGCCAGCGCGUCCCCAGCGCCGCGAGAGAGCCGAGCUGAAGAGGAAGCGGUAGAGAAAGGCACUGUUGGUGGAGAUGGUUUCACUGAACAAGACCUAGUUUCUGAGCUGCAUCUUGGGACAAUUGGAGGCUGGCUGGUUAGCUUGGGGUGCCAUGAGCACCUUGAGGGCAAAGCAGAGGCUGAUUCCCCUGUUAAUGGCAAGUAGGUUGGCACAAGAAGACCUCUGACAGUUGACAGAGCCCUGUGGACCAAGUGCGCUGGCCCAGGCCCCAGGGGAGCCCUUCAAUCCCACAGCCACUCCCCUGGCCAAGCCCUCCAGAAACUCCGGGGGCUGACAGCUGCUGGAGGAUCCACCUUACUCAGCUGGCUCAGGCCCUGUGGCCCCCAUGGCAACUGGGAAGGGAGUUCUGCGGAGCCCUUCAGCUGAAAACAGAUGGCGGCUUAGUGAAUCUGAGCAGGGCUGGGGCCGGAAGCCGGUGCUACUGGAGAAAACGAACCGCCUGGGCUCUGAGACUGCCCUGGGCAGCAGUGGCCAGGAUGAGGCCUGUGCCGAGAUGGUACUGUCAGUGGCCCCAGGCAAGCUCAGGCUGGGAAAGCUGAUGCCCCAGAAAACUUGGUGGGAACAGGGACAGAGUGCCUUCACAGAGGUGCCUCGGCUCAAGAAGAGGCUCGGGGGUGGGCAGGCCCAGGACAGGGAGCACAGUGGGCCUGCAGGCCAGCCUGGCCCCCAGCAGCUGACCCUCGAUAUCCCCAGGGACCUAACUGGCAGCACCUGUGUCUCUGUGUGGCCCAGUGGAGCCCGCAGGGAGCAGAGAAGUGCCUUCAGCAAGCCAGCCAGGGGUCCAGCAGGGAGACUGGGACCAGCCUGUUUCUUUCAGGCGGGUGAACCUGCAGACGCCCUGGGAGAGCUGCUGGGACUCAUCAACACGGUUGAUGUCACUUGCUGGGGUCGACUUUCCAACUCCAAGCUUUUGGGUGAUUUCUGGAACCUGCAAACGGUGCCACCAAAUGCUCCUCUUUGCGGCACUUUCCUGGGCGCCCCUACACUGUGGCUCAAGCAUACCACGGUCCAGAUCCCCACGCCCCCAUCCUCCUCCUCCACCAACUCUUGGGCCCUGCUGCCCCCUACACUCACCUCCCUGGGCCUGUCCACCCAGAACUGGUGCGCCAAGUGUAACCUGUCCUUCCGCCUGACCUCCGACCUGGUCUUCCACAUGAGAUCUCACCACAAAAGGGAGCGUGCGGGGCCCGAUCUGCAUUCUAAGAGACUGAGAGCAGAGGCCCUCACAUGCCCCAUUUGCCACGAGUACUUCCGCGAGCGCCACCACCUCUCCCGGCACAUGACUUCGCACAGUUAACAGGUGGUUUGGAGCAAGCAUUUGGCCAUGAGGCCAAGAUGGCUCAUGGGGCCUUCCUCUGAAAAGUCUGGUCACAGUUGUCUGCAGGGCUGUCUCCUUGGGCAUUUGAGGAUGAACAGCUCAGUCAUAACUGGAAAAAGACAACCAGUCCCCAUGAUGUGUUUUAAAGGAAAUAAAGUUGUGAAACAGUG